CACCAUGUCUACCACCCACAUCAGUAUCAAGCUCACUCGACCUCCCAACGGUCUCACUCGCAAGGUCACCUUCGAGACGCACCCUUCCUGGGAUGAGCUCGCUGCUCGCAUUGAGUCUCUGUACGACAUUCCCAAGGAACAUGCGGCUGUCUCCUACACUGAUAGUGAGAGUGACGAUGUGACGAUGAACACACAGAUUGAGCUUCAGGACUUCUACAACACCCAGUCGGGCUCUGGCACCAUGCGCCUUGUCGUGCGCGACAUACGCGCUGUCCGCGAUGGCUCUGGUUCUGGGACCGGGGAGCACACCACUCCUGCACACCAGUUUGCCGAUACCAUUGUCCACGACAUCGCCUCGCUGCCCGGGAUGGGCUCCAACCCCGAGCUGAUUGAACGCAUCCGCAACGCCGUGCGCAGGAGCGCACCCUUCUGGCAGACUGGCGGAGUCCCUCUAAGCUCCUCCGCCUCGUUCCCGCCGCCUCCUCCUCAGGUGUUUUAUGAUGAUUCUCCCAUCCUUCCGGGCCACGGGCCUUGGGGCUUCGCUGGAGGACUUGAGCCUCCGUUCGGACGCGGACGCGGCGGUCACCAUCACGGUCUGGCAGGCGCGCACCCUCGUCAUGGAUUCCCGCCGCCUCCGCCUGGCGAGGAAGGUCCCGCGUCGAGUGCGCGCGAGGGUUCUGCUCGAGCCCAUGGUCGCCGCCGCUACGGCCCGCCCCCUCCUUCUGUAUUCCAUCCGAUGGACCCGCAGGCUUCCGGUGCGUUCCCUCCCCCGCCGGACCCAACCCUGAGCCACGACUUCGAGUUCGUCCACAUCUCGCCUCCGCGCGUGGAGGACGUGUCUCGUUCUCCCGGAGCACCGCCGCCUCCUCCGCAAGGAGAAGCCCGCCUGCGCUCCCCCGGCGGCGCUACUGACGAGCAUAACGAACGUCGCCGCGGACACGGGACCGGACAGCGCUACCCUCGCUACGGUCCACCUCCGACCUCGUUCGACGCAUACGUCAAUUCACCGGCAGGCUGGGGCACCUACCAUAUGUUCGACUCCGAUACUCUGUAUGAGCUCGGUUUCGAUGGGCAUCGGUCCAGCGUCGAGGAGAGUCGCUCUCUUCGAGGCCCGCCGCCGGGGCCUCAAGCUGGGAGCAGUCGUGAUCAUGGUUUAUGGAACGCUAGGCAGUCGGGCGAGUCGUCUGACGAAAUAUGAUUGCACGUAAAUGUUCUGAGAUGAGAUAUUGAGGGUUGGAUGAACUUGGGUGGCUCGGUGACUGGCCCAGUGGGAGUGUGUAGUAUCAGUACCGGUAGUGUAGAGGAUGAUAUAGGUCUAGAGCUUGUAGUACUUACCUUGUCUCCAACGAUUGUAUGCAUGUCGUUGUGCUCCGGGUGCUGUUGUACGAUGCGAUGCGUGUUUGUAGCGAGGAACACAUACUAAUGAAGACGGUCUUCGAACAGUGCAUAUUGUGGGCGCGGUAAUGACAUCGGCCAGUAGAUGUGCAUUCCACGCCAUCUUAUGGUUGAACGUUGAACUCACAUCAUGUCGCAUCUACGUAGUCACUGCCUGACUCCGUAUGUUAGCUCAAAUCCAUCGUCGUCGUGAAUGUCUGACCUGC